AAGAGAGAGAGAGAGAGAGAGAGAGAGAGAGAGAGGAAGAACAGAGAGAGGAGAAAAAGAAGGGAGCGGACGCGGUGAGAAAUGGAGAGGGGUGUGCCGGUGGAGGAGCUGACCUCCGGUGCGAGCGGUCGGAUCAUCCCGGUCUUCAGGAACAUACGGAGGUCCGUGCCGUCGCCGGCGUCGCUCCUCCGCCUUCUUCUCUUCCUGCAUGCCCUCGCCAUGUGGUUCCUCCUCUUCAUCCGCCGCCGCAGCCCGAUUUCAUGGAGAUCGAUGGCGGCUUCGGCUUCCUCGCGACGGAGGACGGGUGUAGGGACAUGGUCGGCGGCCGCGGAGGAGGAGGACGUGCUGCGGCGUAGGGCCCUCGCCGAGCGGGUGGAGAUGGUACCUUUGUCGGAGGAAGGCGGAGGGGAAGUGGCAUGCCGCUGCGGGACCUUUUUGUUUCUGGGACCAAGGAGGACGGCACUCUACUGCCGGUCGUGGUUGCCGGCAUCGGGAGAUCUAAGGGGUAUUCUGGUGAUAAUACAUGGGCUCAAUGAACACAGCGGAAGAUAUUCGCACUUUGCUAAGCAGCUGAUGGCAUGCAACUUUGGAGUAUAUGCGAUGGAUUGGAUAGGGCAUGGUGGUAGUGAUGGACUGCAUGGGUAUGUACCUUCAUUGGACUAUGUUGUGGAGGACACUGGAAAAUUUCUGGAGAAAAUUAAAUCUGAGAAUCCUGGUGUGCCUUGUUUCCUUUUCGGUCACUCCACCGGUGGAGCUGUGGUUUUAAAGGCAGCUUCAUAUCCUCAUAUCAAAGCCAUGGUAGAAGGGAUCAUACUAACAUCUCCAGCACUGCGUGUAAAGCCAGCUCAUCCAAUAGUUGGGGCUGUGGCUCCAAUUUUUUCACUGGUACUGCCAAAGUUCCAAUUCAAGGGAGCUAAUAAAAGGGGCAUUCCUGUGUCAAGAGACCCAGCUGCUAUGUCGGCAAAGUACUCAGAUCCACUGGUUUACACUAGACCUAUAAGAGUUCGCACAGGCCAUGAGAUCCUACGCAUCUCUUCUUACCUGCUGCAGAAUAUGAAGUCCAUCACUGUACCUUUCUUCGUACUGCAUGGGACUGCUGACAGGGUCACUGAUCCAUUGGCGUCGCAAGAUCUGUACAAUGUUGCUGCCUCGAGACACAAGGAUAUAAAGCUCUAUGAAGGCUUCUUACACGACCUUCUAUUUGAACCUGAGCGCGAUGAAGUUGGAGGUGAUAUAAUCAAUUGGAUGCUGAAGAUGUUGCAGCUUCAAAAUAUGUGAAUGUACACAUCCAUUGAAGAAAGCUAUUGAUUACGGAGAAUUGGCCAAAAGAUUGCUUGGUCAACUGUAGUCUGAAAUUAGAUCUGCAUGUUUGAUUUCCUUGUUUAUAAAGAUGACGAACUGAGUUCUGUUUUAGCCAAUUAAUGUUGUGUAAGUUUUCACAUAAAUCAAUCUAAUUGCAAAGUUUAAAUAGCUAUGUUCUCAUCUA